AUUAAAGCCUCAUCUUCAGGCCCAGUAGAAGAUGUCAAUCAAAAUAAACUGUAUUGCUGAGACAAACGGCCACAAAUUAAAGCUAUUCAACUGCUCAAGGCCCAGAGACUAUCGCAGAAGGCAUGUGAGAUGAGAUCUCAAUCUGGGCCCUGAGCUCCGGCCCCAGAAUCACAGGAACAGACAUUUGGAGACCUCAGCCCCGCAUUCCUUGCUCCAAGGGGCAGCCAGGACACGCUGAAAAUAGCAACUGAUUCCAAAAAGAUAAAGGGAAUGACUCCAGCAGAGCACCCCACUCCUUUGAAGACCACAGAGGAAGAUGUCAGCCCAGUCCCUUCCUGCAGCAACACCCCCCACGCAGAAGCCCCCUCGGAUCAUCCGCCCCCGCCCUCCUUCUCGUUCCAGGGCUGCCCAGUCCUCAGGGCCUCCCCACAACAGCUCCUCUCCACAAGAACUUCCCCGAACCUCCAAUGAGGCACCAACCCCAAUGUGCACCUCCAUCUUCUGGGAGCCCCCAGCUGCAUCCCUCAAGCCCCCUGCUCUUUUGCCCUCCUCAGCUUCUAGAACCAGCCUCGACUCCCAGACUUCCCCAGAGUCACCUUCCAGCACCCCCACACCUAGUCCAGUGUCCCGGCGCUCCGCCUCCCCAGAACCUGCUCCCCGGUCUCCAGUCCCCCCACCCAAGCCUUCUGGGUCACCCCGCACGCCUCUGCUCCCCAUGGCCGGGGUCCUGGCUCAGAAUGGCUCUGCCUCAGCCCCUGGCACUGUGCGGAGGCUGGCUGGCAGGUUUGAAGGGGGUGCUGAAGGCCGGGCUCAGGAUGCAGAUGCCCCGGAGCCAGGUCUCCAAGCGAGAGCAGAUGUGAAUGGGGAGAGAGAAGCUCCCCUCCCCGGGAGUGGGUCCCAGGAGAACGGUGCUCCAGAUGCUGGCCUGGCCUGCCCUCCCUGCUGCCCCUGUGUCUGCCACACCACCCGACCUGGCCUGGAGCUCAGAUGGGUGCCUGUGGGGGGCUAUGAGGAGGUCCCCAGGGUCCCCCGUCGGGCCUCCCCGCUGCGGACCUCUCGCUCCCGCCCCAACCCUCCAAGCAUUGGUCACCCUGCUGUUGUCCUCACAUCCUACCGCUCCACUGCCGAGCGCAAACUCCUGCCACCCCUCAAGCCUCCCAAACCAACUCGUGGCAGGCAGGACGUCACCAUUUUCGGGGACCCCCCACAGCCAGAUCUUGAUCUGCCUUCUGAAGAUGGAAUCCAAACAGGGGACAGUCCUGAUGAAGCUCCUCGGAACGCUCCUCCAGCAACUGUGGAGGGGAGGGAAGAGGAGGGGCUAGAGGUGCUGAAGGAGCAGAACUGGGAGCUGCCCCUGCAGGAUGAACCUCUGUACCAGACCUACCGAGCAGCCGUGCUGUCAGAGGAGCUGUGGGGGGUGGGUGAGGAUGGGAGUCCUUCUCCAGCAAAUGCUGGAGAUGCGCCCACUUUCCCACGACCCCCUGGACCUCGCAACACCCUGUGGCAGGAGCUUCCGGCUGUGCAAACAAGCGGCCUUCUGGAUACCCUCAGCCCCCAGGAGAGGCGCAUGCAGGAGAGUCUUUUCGAGGUGGUAACGUCCGAGGCUUCCUAUCUGCGCUCCCUGCGGCUGCUGACCGACACCUUCGUGCUGAGCCAGGCACUCCGGGACACGCUCACCCCCCGUGAUCACCACACACUCUUCUCCAAUGUGCAGCGAGUCCAGGGAGUCAGCGAACGGUUUCUAGCAACGCUCCUGUCCCGUGUACGCUCUUCCCCCCACAUCAGCGACCUGUGUGAUGUGGUGCAUGCCCACGCUGUGGGGCCUUUCUCGGUGUAUGUGGAUUAUGUGCGGAACCAACAGUAUCAGGAGGAGACCUACAGCCGCCUCAUGGACACCAACGUGCGCUUCUCCGCCGAGCUGCGCCGGCUGCAGAGCCUCCCUAAGUGUGAGCGGCUCCCGCUGCCGUCCUUCCUGCUACUGCCCUUCCAGCGCAUCACCCGGCUCCGCAUGCUACUGCAGAAUAUCCUGCGCCAGACAGAAGAGGGGUCCAGCCGUCAGGAGAAUGCCCAGAAGGCCCUGGGUGCUGUCAGCAAGAUCAUCGAGCGUUGCAGCGCUGAAGUGGGGCGCAUGAAGCAGACUGAAGAGCUGAUCCGGCUCACCCAAAGGCUGCGCUUCCAUAAAGUCAAGGCCCUGCCCCUAGUCUCCUGGUCACGGCGCCUGGAGUUCCAGGGAGAGCUGACCGAGUUAGGGUGCCGGAGGGGGGGCGUGCUCUUUGCCUCGCGCCCCCGCUUCACCCCUCUUUGCCUACUGCUCUUCAGCGACCUGCUGCUCAUCACUCAGCCUAAGAGUGGGCAGCGGCUACAGGUUCUGGACUAUGCCCAUCGCUCCCUGGUCCAGGCCCAGCAGGUUCCGGAUCCAUCUGGACCCCCUACCUUCCGCCUCUCCCUUCUCAGCAACCACCAGGGUCGCCCCACCCACCGGCUACUCCAAGCUUCUUCCCUAUCAGACAUGCAGCGCUGGCUAGGAGCCUUCCCGACCCCAGGCCCCCUUCCCUGCUCCCCAGACACCAUCUAUGAGGACUGUGACUGUUCCCAGGAACUGUGUUCAGAGCCAUCUAUACCUUCCAAAACUGAAGGACGGAGUCUGGAGUCCAGGGCUGCCCCCAAACACCUGCACAAGACCCCUGAAGGUUGGCUGAAGGGGCUUCCUGGGGCCUUCCCUGCCCAACUGGUGUGUGAAGUCACAGGGGAACACGAAAGGAGGAGGCACCUUCGCCAGCACCAGAGGCUUCUCGAGGCUGUUGGGCCUUCUUCAGGCACCCCCAAUGCCCCCCCACCCUAAUGCAGGCUGAGGAGGGGGCACAUGUUGGGAGACACCUACCAGUGGGACACGGAGAGAACAAAGCCCAUUCAUCCAUUGCAUUCACUGUCAGUGGAGAUACUACCUCUCGUGGCAACCAAUAGAGAUUGAGCUUCAGGACAGGGCAGCCAAUGAAAACGGCCUCCUGAGCCCACAGCAAUAAGAAUGAAUGAGGAUGCGUUGAAUGUGUGGCCAAUGGAGACAGAAGCUUAGUGCAGAGCAGCCAAUGGGUACUGAGCUGGCUGAGCCUACGGCCAAUGAGUGUUCCUGCUAUGCUCAAGGCCAAGGAAGAUAAAUCUAGGUCAUGGCAGUUAAAAAGGGGCCUCAUUGGAGAUAAAGUCCUAGGAUAAAAUUGUGAACAGGAAUGAGCAGGAAGCCAACCAGCCAAAGAGAAUGGUGAUCUGGGCCCAAGAGACCAGUAGUCACCCUGACUGGUUCUGCAGCAAUGACUGGUCCUGUCUUUUGAGUCCGGGAAAUACUAGUUUCUAUUCAUGGGUGCUUCCUGUGCCCUCUCAAGUCAGUUCUUCUCUUCCAGAAGAAUUCAGAGUGUGUGUCUCAGAAAAUCUGCAUGUGUGCACUUGCAUGUGUAGAUGUGUGUAUAUGUAUCAGGCAAGGCAUUCUGCCGACCGUGGUGUGUGUGUGGAUUGUGUUCCUCACCCACAAAGGCUCCAUUUCUUCCUUUACCUCUCGUAUUUCCUAUUCCUAUUCCUUGCUCCAAGAAAGAUGCGAAGUCUGAGCUCCAGAAGAGACUGUGCUGGGUGUGGCUUGGCACCCAGGGGAUGAGAGCCCUGAGCUCUGGGUCUCUUGAAGGCCAGGGUUCCAUGGCAGCUGCAGGGCAAUGUUAUGGAGCAGCCAACAACCUGGCAGAGGAGCCCAAGGGACUGAAGAUGGCCAGUAGCUGGGUCCUGAGGCCCCUGAAGUCUGCAGGCCCUUCUCCUUGCCCCAAACACUGGCCUCCAUAAUUCCUGCCCGCAGAUUCCCCAACUUGAAGUAUAAUCCACUAGCCAGCCUCAGCCUUGAGCUUUGGAACCACAUUAGAUCCUGCAUCUGGGUGAAGACACGGGAGCUGUGGAUCACAGGCCAGCCAGUGAACCUCCUGGGCUUUUUUGCCUUUGUCCUGAUACUCUCACGGAAACACUGGGCCAAACAGUGGGGAGAGAUCGGAGAGCGGGUGUGGCUGCCCAACCCUAUCCAGAGUAUCUGUUUCCAGAUGAGCAAAUGCCUCGCAUGAUACCAGAGGAGGUGAGGGACAGAGACAGCAAGGCGGACAGUGACUGGCAGGGGGUCCCAGCCCGGAACAAGGCCUCCCCUUCAGCAGAGCAACUUGCCCAGGACCGACGCUGUCACAUUGACUGCAGGAGGCACAGGGACUCCGGGAGACUCAGAGGCAGACAGCACUGGCGUUUGGCAGUCCAUGACAUUGGAGACUCCCCUAGCAGGGUGCCUGACGUGGGGAACCCUCAAUAAAUAGUGGUGCAUUUGUACUGAG